AUGAAAUCAGAAAAUCAAACCAAAGUAUCAGAAUUUGUGUUCCUUGGGUUAUCAUAUCCACCUGGUGUCCAUCUCCCAUUGUUCGUGCUGUUUCUCUUCAUCUAUCUGACAUCUGUGACUGGAAAUCUCUUGAUUGCCAUCUUGAUCUACAUUGACCAUAGUCUCCACACUCCCAUGUACUUGUUCCUGAGUAAUCUUGCAGGGUUGGACAUCCUCUACUCUUCUGUCACUUCCCCCAGGAUGCUCUAUGAUUUCUUCUCUGAAUCCAGAACCAUUGCUGUCCAUUUCUGCAUCACUCAGUUCUUCUUCUUUUUCUUCUUCAAAAGUAUUGAGCUCUAUUUGUUGGCAGUAAUGUCCUAUGAUAGGUACAUAGCCAUCUGCCACCCGCUGCAUUACAUCCAGAUAAUGCAUCCUAAGACUUGUGCUCUAAUGGUCUCCGCUGCCUGGACUGUCGGCUUCCUCACAUCAUUAAUACACACAUUGUGCAUCAAGAUGCUGGACUUCUGCGGACCCAAUAUCAUUAAAAGCUUCUUUUGUGAUCUCCCUCAGUUAUUUCUGCUCUCGUGUACUGAUACGUUUAUCAAUGUUUUAGUGAUGUUCCUGGUUGGUAUAAUAAUGGGAUCUGGCGCCUUCAGCAUGACCUUGGUGCCAUACAUCCGGAUUUUUUAAACAAUAAUAAGAAUUCAGUCCAGGAAUGGAAAGUUGAAAGCCUUCUCCACUUGUACAUCCCAUCUAACCGUGGUCUUCAUCUUCUAUGGAACGCUAAUCUCCACUUACCUUCGUCCAAGUCCAACUUCUAACUCCUCAGAAGACCGUCUGGUGUCUGUCAUGUACACGCUGGUGACUCCAUUGACUAAUCCUUUGAUUUAUAGUCUCAGGAGCAAAGACCUGAAGGCUGCGCUCUGGAGAUCUCUUCAUAGUGUUGGUGUGAAAUGA